CGCGAACGCGGAGGUUUGAACAGCUGACCACAGACCUGCAGCGAUCGAAAGGUUUACAGUGCUUUAUUGUCCGUUUCACAGUGCAAUUCGAACAGCAAACUAUUGAAACAAAGUUAAAGUGAUGUAAAGUGUGUGUAAAGUGGAACUUAUGCAAGCAACAUAGUGCGAGGAGUUCUUAAAUGAAACUGUCUCUUCGGGAAUAAGAAAACAGUGUCAUAUUUACGUAUCAAUCAUUUGCGCGCUAAAGUAUAAACAAAAACGAAAAACAGUUGCAACUAACGAUAUUCGGUGACAAGCGAUAUUCGCCAAGACACAAACAUAAUUUACCACAGGUUGUCAAUAUUUGCAAGUUACUUGCAAGUGAAACCGUGAAACGGUAAAUCGAAAAUACAGUAAAACUAAGAAAGCACAUAAAAGAACUGUGCGCACAUACACACACAUACAUACUUGUAUUGUAAGCAGCGCUUUGCAUAAGCACAGCUUAUGGACACAAAAGACUAAAGCAACGAACUCGGUUUACUGUGUGUUGCUGGUAGCAAACAGACUUACAAACUUAAACGCCACUUUGAAAUCUUUAUCGACAGCUCGACGCACAAAAGCCCAAAAGUGGGUGAUGCCUUGAAAGAAGCGCUUUUGGCCGAAAAAGACAUACAAAAACUAUAAGGAACCAACAACAACACUGCGCAGCGAUUUCCUUUUCCUUUAUUUGGGUAUUUACGUUUUAUGUGCUGUCACGUUUUUUUACUUUUAACCAUUUCCGUAACUUCAAAUACAAAGUUAUAAAAUCUAUAAAAACGCCAAAUCAUUACACAAGCAACUAUCGCUCGAAAUUCCCGUGACUCAGUGAAGAACAGAAUGUCAAUUGCAUCUAAAGGUCAAGCAACAAGAACAUACCACCGAAACUGGAUCGUGCAGAAUUGAUCAGAAGCGUGCAGCAGACAGAGGCUUACCACUAACAAAGCAAUAACAAGUGUGGCAUAAUAACAACAACAAAUGCACUAAGUACAUAGUACAUAAGAGUGCAACAUUAGUUUUUACUUUCAAAAGCAAACUAAAACCAAAGCAAAAACAAAAAGAAUUAGCUCGCCUAUAACAACAACAAGGCGUAAAUAUGUCAACCGGCCGUUGCGAUUGUCUGGUGAGCGUGCCAACCGGUCCCACAUUAGCAUCCACUUGUGGCGGCAGCGCGUUCAUGCUCUUCAUGGGUCUGCUAGAGGUGUUCAUACGCUCGCAAUGUGAUCUCGAGGAUCCCUGUGGCCGUGCCACGCCAAGGUUUCGUUCGGAGCCCGAUUAUGACUAUGAUUUUAUUGUGAUUGGUGGCGGCUCGGCUGGUGCGGUUGCUGCCGCGCGUCUCUCGGAGGUACCCCAAUGGAAAGUGUUGCUCAUCGAGGCAGGUGGAGAUGAACCGGUUGGUACGCAAAUACCUUCAAUGGUCCCGAAUUUCUUUGGCAGUAGUAUUGAUUGGAGCUACACUACCGAGCCAGAAAGUAGUGCUUGUUUAAAUUCGGAAGGACGGCGUUGUACUUGGCCGCGUGGCAAAGUUUUGGGUGGCACAUCGGUACUGAAUGGCAUGAUGUAUAUACGUGGCAAUCCCGAAGAUUAUGAUAACUGGGCUGCAUUGGGUAAUCCCGGUUGGUCAUUUGAGGAUGUACUGCCGUUCUUUAUGAAAUCAGAGGAUAAUUUACAAUUGGAUCAGGUGGAUCAGAGCUUGCAUGCGAAGGGUGGACCGCUACCAGUUUCACAUUUCCCCUACAAUCCACCUUUGUCGUAUGCAAUAUUAAAGGGCGGCGAGGAAUUGGGCUACACGGUGCAGGAUUUAAAUGGACGCAACUCCACCGGUUUUAUGAUUGCCCAGAUGACAUCUCGCAAUGGCAUACGUUGGAGUUCAGCACGUUCGUUCCUACGACCGGCACGUAAUCGCAACAAUCUGCACAUUCUGCUCAACACCACCGCCUCGAAGGUACUCUUCAAGCCCGACAGUAAGACAGUUGUUGGCGUAGAAGUGAUGGAUCAAUACGGCAGCUCACGUAAGAUAUUCGCCAAAAAAGAAGUAAUCGUCAGCGGUGGAGCCGUCAACUCACCACAAAUACUACUGCUUAGCGGCAUCGGACCAUCUGACGAGCUAACGAAGGUGAAUGUACGCCCCAUACACAAUCUUCCUGGUGUUGGCAAGAAUUUACAUAAUCACGUUGCCUACUUCACCAACUUCUUCAUCGACGACGCAGACACGGCACCGCUAAAUUGGGCCACCGCUAUGGAAUAUUUACUCUUUCGGGAUGGUCUCAUGUCGGGCACCGGCAUUGGGGAUGUCACCGCAAAAAUCCAUACACGCUACGCCGAUGUACCGAAUGUGCCCGAUGUGCAACUGUACUUCGGCGGCUACUCGGCCACUUGUUCGCGUACUGGUCAAGUAGGCGAACUGCUCUCCAACAAUAUGCGCUCCGUACAGAUUUUCCCCGCAGUGUUGCAUCCCAAAUCGCGUGGUUCCAUUACGCUUGCCUCUAACGAUCCGCUGGCACCACCGCGUAUCAUCGCCAAUUAUCUUACCGAGGAUCGUGAUGUGAAAACGCUGAUUGAAGGUAUAAAAUUCGCAAUUCAAUUGUCACAGACAGCACCGCUCAAGCAGUAUGGUAUGCGGGUGGACAAGACACCGACAAAGGGCUGUGAAUCGUUAACUUUCGGCACGGAUGCCUACUGGGAGUGCACAGUACGACGCGACACUGACCCGGAAAAUCAUCAAGCCGGUUCCUGUAAAAUGGGACCCGCGAGCGAUCCGUUGGCCGUGGUCGAUCACGAGCUGCGCGUGCAUGGCGUGAGGGGCUUGCGUGUCAUGGAUACGUCCAUUAUGCCACAGGUAACAUCUGGAAACACACAUGCGCCUGCGGUUAUGAUCGCCGAGAAGGGUGUGUACAUGGUGAAGCGUGCAUGGGGCGCCAAAGUUUGA